AUGGAGAAGUUUGACUGCAUUGUGGUUGGCGCAGGAUGGUAUGGCCUGGCCGCCGCAAAGCAGUAUCACUGCACGCAGCCAGAGUCUUCGCUGGUUGUCUUCGACUCCCAGCCCACGCUCGGUGGCACUUGGGCAAAAGAACGCUUAUACCCGGGUUUGAAAAGCAACAACAUGCUGGGAACUUAUGAAUACCCUGACUUUCCCAUGGACAGUAAGAGAUUCAACAUCAAGCCAGGGCAGCAUAUUCCAGGCGAAACUAUCAGCAUCUAUCUCAAAGCAUAUGCCGACGAGUUUGGCAUUACCGACAAGAUCCGAUCCUGCCACAAGGUCAUUGUGGCAGAACAUCAAGAAACUAGUGAAGGUGGCUGGUUCCUGACAGUUGCGAACUCUCAAAAUGGAGAGAUCCGAGUGUUUGCUCGACGUCUGAUCAUUGCGACUGGCUUGACGUCGGAACCAUGGUUGCCCCAUUUCGAUGGUCAAGAGUCUUUCGGCGGUCGCAUCUUUCACGGCAAGUACUUCCAGCAGAAUGCGGAUACUCUGGAGACGGCCAAUACCGUGACAAUCUUUGGUGGCACGAAGUUUGCAUGGGAUGCCGUUUAUUCGUAUGCAACUGCUGGCGUGAAGGUGAAUUGGGUCAUCCGCUACACACGAAUGUUGACCUGGUUCAGCCCUUGUUUGUGGGGCGAUGCUGAUGGCUACAUUGGGACGCGUCACUUUCUCCAUGGUACUGCCAUUGGGAGAACAAUUGUCGAUAUUUUCUGGAAAGUGCUCGGAGGCGAUGUGAUGACGCUUAACGCAUACGACUCCCAUCCAGACACGGCAAAGUUGAAGCCGUGGACAGAGGCCAUGUUCACAGGCACCAGCUUCAGCAUUCUCAACUAUGACACCAACUUCUUUGACUUGGUCAAAGAAGGCAAGGUCAAAGUCCAUCUCGGAGAGAUCGAUCACCUCAGUUCUGGAACGGUUCAUCUAUCCGAUGGAACCGAGUUCUCUGCCGAUGUUCUGCUAGCUCACACCGGCUGGAAACACGUUCCACCGAUCAAGUUCCUCCCAGAGGGUAUCGAGACGGAGCUCGGUGUACCACAUGCGCCUAUCGACAACGCGCCUCGAGAAGAUCUUGCUGGUCAGGCCGAUCUUGUUGACCUAGCCGACAAGGAGAUCCUGGAUCGCUUUCCAAGGCUCAAGGAUCAGCCGGUAUGGAACAAAGACUACGUGCCCCUGACCGAUCAAAAGGGCAUCGACAGCGACGACGCAGUGACUCCUUACCGAACUCUUACCCCGUACAUGCUUCAUCACUUCAUCGUCCCGCCAUCAGAACGCUUCUUACGCCCACGUGACACAGCUUUCAUCGGCAUGGUUGGCAACUUUAGUAACGUCAUCACGGCCCAUGUUCAAGGCCUGUGGAUCAGUGCGUACUUUUCAGGUCUUCUUGCCAGAGAUCCUGCGAAGGCAGUCGGUGACGACACGGCGAUGCAAAAGUUGCAAUACAACACGAUCUUAAUGAACCGCUUCGGUAAUUGGCGUUACCCUACAGAUUGGGGCUCCAAUAAGUGCCCGAGCUUCGUGUUUGAUGCUGUGCCUUACCUAGACCUGUUGCUGAGUGACCUUGGUCUCGCCCAUUACCGGAAGAGAGGAUUUAUGGCCGAGUGGUACUCGCCUUAUGGGCCAGAAGAUUACAGUGAUAUCAACGAGGAAUGGGACGAGAAGUUCGCGAAGGGCAAGGGUAUCGGUGCUACGUCAGGUCAGGAAUAA